CCGCUGGCUCGGCGGGACCGAGCGGCGGCGGCUGCGGCGGCGACUCCUGCCCCGGCUGGGUGCCGGAGACCCUGUGCGUGUAUGUGGGCGCUGCGGUUCUAGGGUUCCAUUUGGCUGGUGUAUUGAUGCAGUCUGCCUGUGGGGAGAGAGAACGCUUGCCUGUGUUUGUGAAGAGGAGACGGAGAACUUGCAGGCCUGAGUUUUGCCAGCAUUAUAUCUUUAUUGGAUUGUGAAGAACUUGGGAGCAAACUGACAUCCCUGAGCCGCCCUCCUCCUACAAAAUGUGGCAUAGUGUUUAUGACAAGCUUAUCUUGAAGAUUUGAAGUCUGUGAUUUUUUUUCAUUUGAUACCUGUGAAUUUUCUGCAGUCCAAAGAUGGCAGCAAAUAAACCUAAAGGACAGAAUUCAUUGGCUUUACACAAAGUCAUCAUGGUGGGAAGCGGUGGUGUAGGAAAAUCUGCUUUAACACUACAGUUUAUGUAUGAUGAGUUUGUUGAAGACUAUGAGCCCACCAAAGCAGAUAGCUACAGGAAAAAGGUGGUUCUGGAUGGGGAAGAAGUCCAAAUUGAUAUAUUGGAUACAGCAGGGCAGGAGGACUAUGCUGCAAUUAGAGACAACUACUUCCGAAGUGGAGAAGGUUUUCUUUGUGUCUUCUCUAUUACAGAGCUGGAAUCCUUUGCAGCAACUGCAGACUUCAGGGAACAAAUCUUAAGAGUAAAAGAAGAUGAGAAUGUUCCUUUUUUGCUAGUUGGUAAUAAAUCAGAUUUGGAAGAUAAAAGGCAAGUUUCUGUAGAGGAAGCAAAAAACAGAGCUGAUCAGUGGAAUGUUAAUUAUGUGGAAACCUCUGCAAAAACACGAGCUAAUGUUGACAAGGUGUUUUUUGAUUUAAUGAGAGAAAUUAGAGCCAGAAAAAUGGAAGACAGCAAAGAAAAGAAUGGGAAGAAGAAAAGAAAAAGCCUAGCUAAGAGGAUCAGAGAAAGAUGUUGCAUUUUAUAAACAAAAGCUUGGAUUCCUUUCCUACCCUGACCAUACUAAUAAAAACCAUAAUUUAUAAGCAUGCCAUUGAAGGCUGAAGUGACUGAAAUUACCCUAACAUGUUGGAAAAUGUAAUGUACCACUAAAAGCAUGAUUUGGAGCUGCCCUGAAAGUCAAAUUCACUGAAAACAAAUUACGUGGCUUCAAGAGAAGCAAAGUUGAGUCCAUUUCAUAAUUGCCUACCUUCUCACAUUUCUUCUGAAUGUAGUGUUUCAUAGGUAGUCUUUUCUUUAAUAGUGAACAGAGGAGCAAAGUAUUACUUUGUGGAUUCUUAUAAAGCAUACUUUUUUAUCACUGGUAUUUGUCAAUUCAUCUUGUCUUCUGUUGCCUUGAAAAUUACAAUUGUGAACACAAUACCUAACAAAGCAGUACGCAGCUGUUUUGCCAUGGAGUUAUGCAAAUUAGAAAAGAAUAAUGUAUAUGCGAACAGCUAUGUUGAGGAAAACUAUAUGUGGUUCUGCAUUACCUGAUUAACUUAGAAGAGCGAUGUAAUCUUUUACAUUGAAACAUUUGAAUAUGCCUUAAUUUUAAAACCCAAACAUAGUAGGUUGCUUAAUCAAGGGUGUAUUUUCAACUCUGUUGCAUGGAGACUGUCCCUGCGCAUCAGUGCGAGACUGCCCUCUCUGUGGAGUGCAGUUACAUGGAUGAUUUCACUCACUAGCUGUCUGCUAGCAGUGUCUGUUCUUUAAAUGUGUGCCAUACUCUGGUAUUGUGAAUGAUACAGAGCAUAUUCUGUCAUGUAUAACUUGGUAGACAAUAUGGUAUCUUGAAACUAGAAGGUCAGAACACACAUUAAGACUGAAGUCAUAAGCCUAUGGCACAUCUAAGCCUGGAAUGGUUGUUUAAAAUUUAACGUGCUGGUACCUUGAAACUUUUGCGCAUAGAUUUUUGUCUAGAUGUUCCUUGGGUUUUAACUCCCUGGAAUUGGGUGGAGUGGGGCUGAUCUAGUAGCGCUUAUGUGUUUUAAGAUGUUGUCUGGGAAAUUCUGGUUAAUUUAUUUUGUGUUCCUAAUACUUAGCUAUGGGAACAUGGUGUUAUGCUGAAGCUCUUUGCAGGUUUUGUAUUGUUUAGUCUAUGUUGAUUUUCAAAUGGGGAACAGUGUAGCUACUUUUUCUAGUUAAAGUUGAUAUCAAACAAUCAAAUGUGCUUUGCAAUACAGAAACCUUUAACAUGCACAUCCAAAAUCCCCAAACAAAGCAUACUGCCUCAGUUGCUUCAGAACAACAAGAAUACCUAGCACAUGGUUAGUGUGCUACAUCUUAACUAAAAAUAUACCAGAAUGUUUGAGGGUUUUGGACUCCUCUGGGGUGAGACAGGCUAGAUCAAUUCCACAAAGUGUUACACUUUUUAUACAUGUAUAAGCCUAUAACUGACAAUUUAAAAUGUGCUCAAGCAAACUAGGUAACAAAUACUUAACUUUCAUGCUACCAGACAUUUUAGGGACUCAAAUCUUAGGAGUUGUAUUUGUCAUGUUAAAUAUUUAUCAGUAGGAAUUUUGUAUGUGCAUUUAGUACACUGCCAAGGGCAGAAUAAAAGUUACUCAUGUAACUGGCAAAUAUAAGCCAGUCUUCAUCUUACUGUGUACUCAUUUGGGUCUAUUUAGCCAGGGAGUCUAACCACUAACAUUGUGACUUUGCUUUGGAACCUGCAUACUGGGAACCGAGGUGUUAUGAAGCCACUGGACACACAAAACUUGUCUUGGCUGAUGCCUUAUCCUGUCCUUUUAUUUGCUAUUUGAGCCAUUGAAAGAUGAAUAAACUUCCAUUUUUCUAAAAUA